AUGGGCCGAGGCGCGAAGGACAAGAGGGACAUUUACUACAGGAAGGCCAAGGAGGACGGAUGGAGGGCGCGGUCCGCGUUCAAGCUCCUGCAGAUCGACGAGACAUUCGACAUCUUCAGCGGCGUCCGCAACGUCAUCGACCUGUGCGCCGCUCCUGGCAGCUGGAGCCAGGUCCUCUCCCGCAAGCUCUACCUGCCAGCCAAGGACGCGGGUGCUACGGGGGAGGAGCUGCCUAGGAUCGUUGCAGUGGACCUGCAGCCCAUGGCGCCGAUCGAGGGCGUCGUGCAGCUGCAGGGCGACAUCACGACGGAGGCGACCGCCCGCGCCGUCGUCGACGCGCUCGGGGGCGCCCCCGCCGACCUGGUGGUGUCUGACGGCGCGCCGGACGUCACCGGCCUGCACGACCUCGACGAGUUCGUCCAGUCGCAGCUGAUCCUCGCGUGCUGCACCAUCGUCGCGAGCGUGCUGCGCCCCGGCGGCUCCUUCGUCGCCAAGGUCUUCCGCGGCCGCGAGGCAGCCCUGUUGUAUGCGCAGCUCAAAGUGCUCUUCGCCGACGUAUCCAUCGCGAAGCCGCGGUCGUCGCGGAACUCCUCGGUCGAGGCGUUCGUCGUGUGUCGCGGGUACGCGCCGCCGCGGGGCGCCACCGCCGCGGACGUGCGGGCAGCGCUAGCAGACGCGGCGGCCGCGCAGGGGGCCCCGGGGGUCGCGGAGCCGCUCCGGAGCAUGGCGCGGUUCGUGGCGUGCGGGGACCUGAGCGCGUACGACGCGGACCGCUCGUACGACCUCGACCCCGGGUACGAGCGCCUGGCCCCAGUGCAGCCCCCGAUAGCACCUGCGUACCUCGCGGCCGUGCAGCGGACGCGGCAGGGCGGGGCGGGCGAGGCGGCGCAGGGCGCGGCGAACGGAAACAAGUAG